AUGCUCCAAGGCAGUGGUCUCAAGCCCUCCACAUCCUACCAACUGGUUCUGGACCUGGUUGCCUUCACAGCAAGUUCGGCCUCUGCAGCGAAGCCUCCGGAGGGACUCCUGCAGCUGUGGGCCAUGGAUGACCUCACUGCGAAGCCGUUUGGAGUCAUCGAGUACGCGCCCGCUUGGCUCGAGGAGGACAUUCUCACAGGUGCCACUGGCUCGGCACCCCGCUUCCACGUGGCAGGGGGUGCCGAAAUCCUUGAGGAGGGUGGCAGCGAUGUGAUUGACCUCGCUGCGCAAGGCAACACUGCCAGCAUCGGUUUGAGGCUUCGUGCGGAAGCCGGUGCUAACAUCGUGACUGGUGGACGACUGCACAUUUUUUUCUGGCCUCUGACACAGUGGCACCUGAACGAAGCCUGUGCUGCCGAGUGCCUGCCAUUCCUCGGGACGGCAUGUGCCGCCCCGGCUUGUGCAACACAGGUGUUGGCCAUGCGGCGUUGCUCCCUGAGACUGGUGUUUGGAGACAUGGAGCCCAUCACCGAGACGGUCCAGCACACUGUUCGGCUGGUGUCCUUGGUGCCGCCCCCCGGUGGCUUCUUUGCGGCGGCCGCGGGAGCUGAGCUCCGUUCCUCCGCUGGCGUGGAGCCGAGCUACCGCACCACAACAGGUGCACUGCUUUUCGCACCACCUUCGGCAGCCGGCUCGGUCAUGGCCGGCCUGGGGGAGGACCACCCCUUCCGCGGGGAUCGCCAGAAUAGCAUCUUCCUGAGGCUCGUCUUCGGCGCCUCAGUCUUCGGCGGCGUCUCUGCUGCGGCCCCAGGUGGGGCCGGUGCUGCUGCGGCCUCCCCGGGCUUUGAGGUGCAGCUGCCUCCAGGCUACGCUUGUAUCGAUGCAGGUUCUGCGGCGCCCGAGGAGCUUGACUCUUACAUGACGUCUCGGGCGAUGCCACAAGCACCCCAGGGUCGCGGCGACAUCGGCCUCGAUCCGCAGAUCGAUGGCUAUUGGCUUUACAGUGGACGGUUCUGCAUGUACGUGCUUCGCUCGUACGGUGUGGUGUACGCCGGCAGUGCCAUUGUCCUGAAGGUGGUGGUCAACAAUCCAAUCUUCGCGUUGCCCCGACGUGACCCGCAGAAUGUUUGGACCCUGAGGCUGCGGGGCACCACAGCUCCUCUGGCCGCAGCUACGACCGCUCUGCCUCGAACUGGAGCACUUGCCGCUCUGGCGGAUGUCUCCGAAAGGCUGAGGAAGAAUGUCCCGGUCCUCGGAGUGCUCAGAGAUGCCACGGUCACGCCUCAGUUCUUCGGAGCAGGCAUCACCAGGAACUGGCUUUCCGUGUUUUUCACGGCCGAGCAGGGCGGGCCUGGCAACGGUGGAUCAGUCGAGCUCCGGGUGCCUCAGGGCUUCAGCUUUCCGCCCAGCUGCCUCACCCAGCCACUGCCGGCUUACCACUAUGCCACGCCUUCUGCGCAGCUCGCUGGGACCGCUGCGCUGCGCUCCACUGUGCCCUUGGCUGUGCGGCGCUGCCGGGUCGGAGGUGUGCCCAACAUCGCUGAGGUGACGCUGCCCAGCAGUGCGCGGAUUGCAGCUAGCAGCACCUACGGCUUCGAAAUCCAAGUCUUCAAUGCUGUGCAGUACAGCGUCGCGCAGCAGGAUGGAUUUAGGCUGACGACUCGGAGUGCGGCAGGUGACGACAUGGAUGCGACGUAUCACACCAUCCGGUACAUUGCCAGCGACACCGAAGGUCCUGGCACAUCCUUCGGAGUCUAUCAGGAGCCGAUGCCCGCAGGCUCCUUUGUUCUGUCCUUCGACAGCAUGCUGCCAUACUCGGAGAGUGGCUUAGCCACCCGAGUUGUCGUCUUCCCUUUGAAGGUGCCCUUCGACUCUCUGGAUCCGGUGACCUGGCGUCUGGUGGCACCGCUGGGCUUCAUUUGGGACUUCCGGCCGGCGGAGUUCUUGUAUCGGCGGCAGGACAUCCUGGGCGUCACAGCCGAUUUGCCACUGGACACAGCACCCGCCGCUCCCUCAACGGAGCCUUUGGCCAUCCUGGCGGUGGUCGACAACUUCCAAGGAAACUGGGAUCGCACGCAGACGUACGGCUUGGUGGCCAGGAUCCGCGUGCCGGAUGGCACACCGCUCGCCUCCAGCAACGUCUUCCUGUUGGAGUUCGGCUACGAUGCCACCACUGCAGUGGGGCGCCGGGCUGCAGCCAGCGCCCCCGCACCACAGGUCAGGGCCUUGGUGAACUUUCACGUGGACUACUUCCGCACUUCCCUGGCGGGACAGCAGAAUGUUCUGAUGAUCCAGUUCCAGUCCAUCACCGCUCUGCCGGUUGGUGGCAGCUUACUUCUGGAUUCGCCCGCCGGCUUCGCGGUGGAGGAGAGCUGCGCUCUGCAGGCUGCGGCCGUGGAGCUUCCGUACCAGGACUUGGCUGCAACCAGCGCUGCUCUACUCUGCAGCGCUUUUGUCCCAGCCACAACACAACGGCCACAGGUCACCCUCCGAGUGGUCACUGGCGAGGUAUCGGCGGGGCCCUAUGUCAUGGCCUUGGCAGCCCGGAAUCCCCUGGUGCCGGAGCUGGGAGGCCUGGUGUGGCGACUUUCCAGCUACACAAAUGCUGUCGAUGCAGAGGUGGCAGAUCUGGGCUCGACGGUGGAAGGCUUCCAAGUGGAGUCCAUGAUGAACUUUGGUGGCCUCCUGGGUCCCGAAAGCGGAGUGAAUCCUGCAACCACGGGACGCGACGAUCACCCUGGCCAGGUGACAAACGUCAUUCUGGCCUUCGAGCUCGCAUCCACGCCCACCAGUUCUGGCGAGUCGACGCUGACAGUCAAGGCGCCUACCGGCUUCAGCUUUCCGGCGCUCUGCACAGUGGUCGUGACGGGAGAUGUCUUUGGAGCGGGCGCGCUGAUCCCUCUGGCGUUCUCGGCUUUCGAGGCCUCUGCCGUCGUCAGCACCUGCGAAGGUGGGGGCCGGACAGCGCGGCUUUCUGUGGCGCCUGGAUUGAUCCGAAACCGUCGUUACGUGAUGCGGCUUCAGGGCGUAAAUGGCGAGGAGACAGCAGAACAGAACCUCUGGACCAUCAGCUUCGCGGGGGAAGCGACUGAGCCCUUCGAGGGCUACCGGCUGUGGCGCUUCACUGAGGUUGCGGUGCUGCCAGACGCAACAGCGCGAUCAACACCCGCCGAGGAGACACGCAACAACGUGACUCUGCGCUUCCGCACGACGAACGCGGUGACAUCCGCCGGCUUCGUUGCACUUCAGGCACCUUUCGGCUAUGUUUUCCCCACGAUUUGCCAAGCCACGUUGCAAGAGUUGGACGCCACGGACACCCCGAUCGCUGGCUCUGGAGUCGUUUCCUGCAGUGGCACGCCCCUCCCGGGACCGACGGCAGCCCUCCACCCUGUCGGGUCAUCCACGCUCGCGGCAUUGGCGAAAUACCAACUGAACGUGGUCGUUCAGAAUCCCACUGUCAUCGCCUUGGAGGCCGGGACAUGGCAGAUUCAAAGCUACGCCACGAAGGAGGCCGACUACAGCAACCUCCUGGACAUUGGUGAGGCUCCUGGCUUUCACCUCACCGAAGUCUUCCACACCCUUCGGAUCAUCUACCCUGUUGCCACGCCUUCCACGAUUGACGAGCUGGAGCUUAGAAUGCAGAUCCUCCUCUCCACCUCGCUGGAGAUCGGCGACGUCCUAGAGAUCGUAGCCCCCGACGGCUACGAUGUCACCGGCAACAGCACGUCUGAGUUCGACAACCUUCAGAGAGCAUGCAACAAGUUCCGCCAGUGGUCAGCAGCUGCGCUGCCGAAACCUACUUGCAACGUCCGGGUCGUGCACUUCGAGUUCGCCACCACAGGCCUGGCCGUUGUCGACGUCCCUGGCGCCCAGGCCCUAACGCCUCUGAUGGACUUCAGUGUGACAUCUUUGUACCCACGGAAGACGCUCAGUGUUCAGGCCACCACGUUCCACGGCGAGCAACGACGGGGCAGCGCUGUGGUCUCUGCCAAGACGGUGCCGGGGCAGCUGGUGACUCCACGGCUGCUGGAGAUCUCGGUUGUCCGUGCCGAUGCCUUCGUGGCUGUCCAAAGCCUCGCGUCACUGCAGCUGACCUUCCGCGUGAGUCAGGAUGCGCAGGCGCUGCACAUCACCACGGAAGUCCAGGACGCUGCAAGCCAAGCCGAGCCCUUGCGCUUCGACUUUGCUGCCGCCUCUGCGAUCGCCGUGGGCACGGAGGUGAGCCAAGUGAUUCGGAGAAACGCAUCGCUUCUCUUGCACAUGGCGCUGGAGCAGGGACGUGGCUACAGCUUGACGCUCGGAUCAGUUGCAAACCCUUCCACGCCGGGGACAGCAUUGUGGACACUGACGAGCUACGUACUGGCAGAGGACGGCUCCCUGGACUUGGCUGAUCCGCGGGACAGGUCGGUCAACUUCGCGGGGCCUGUGACGCUCAAUCGCUUGAGCAUCGAUCCUUCGUCUACAAGUCUCACUGAUCCUUUCUUCGAUAUCGUCAAUACGGAGCUGAGCCUGUCUUUCGUGGCCUUUCCUCGUGUAGUGACUGCUGGGCAAUACCUCGUCCUAUCCGCCCCGGCCGACUUCGCCUUCCUCGAGAAGAGCUUCAGCCCAGGAGAAGGAUUCCCAUUGAUCUCUGGGCAAGUGGCAGUUGUCGAGCUGGAGGGUAGCCGGCCCAGCUAUGCCGUUCAGAUCCUUUCGCCGAUCCUGCCAAGCCAAGCCGUGAAGUUCUCGGUCAGGCUCAGGACGCCAACAGCGCCCGAGGAUCUGAGCCUCUGGGCGACGACGCACCGCUCCAACCUGCUUCUGCGGGCAUGCCGCGACUCGCAAUGCCAGGACCCCACUGCCAGCAACGACGACCUUUUUCCAGGCUUCGAGAUGAAGGCGUCCUUCGGGACUGCGAGUAUCACGCCCCAGGCGAACGGCGCAGCGCCGCAGCUGGAUGUGACAGUGACGCUGAGGAUCAGCCCCAAAGCGACUCUGGCGUCUCUGAUCGAGAGCGGCACCGUGCAUUUGCGGAUUCGUGCCCCACUGGGCUUCGACUUUGCAAUCAGCUGCCUGGCAGUGUCGCCCAGCGUGGUCUUCGACCGCUGCGAGGGCCGGGGCCGGUCGGCGGUGCUCCUGGCAAGGGGUGGCGAACUUCCCGCAGGGGCGAUCUCUGUGCCCCUCUUCGUCACCAAUGCAGCACGAACGCCUUCUGCAUCUGCGGAGGGUGGUGUCGGAAACACCUGGGUGCUGGAGUCAUUCGUGGACCUUCAGAACACAUCGGCAGUGCUUGCUGCCCCGGCAGACCUCGCGCGCCAGCGGUCGCAGGUGCCCGGCUACGAGAUUCGCGAUCUCCUCGAGGCGACGAUCGGCGGAAAUACGCAGCGUGCUGUAGUCACGACAAUCUUCGUGUGGUUCGUGGCCUCGCAGUUCCUCGACAUUGGCUCCGCGGUGGAACUACAUGCCCCGCCAGGAUACGAGCUUCGCUGCAACCCACGCGUGCAGUACAUCAGCCUCCCGGCCGGCUCCUGCAGCCUCAUCUCAGGUGUCACCUCCACCACCGGCGACGUGUUUCAUCAGUACUUGUCUUUGGCUUUGACAUUGCCUGGACAGCAAGUGUACCCCAACACUGCCUACGAGUUCGGGGUGGCUGCAGUCAAUCCAAGUACGGCUGCGACACCGAACUUCUGGGGCCUGGUUUUGCGGAAGCCUGGCGGCGAAGUGGCCGACUCUAUCCGCACACUACCGGGCUACGAUCUCACGGACUUCCAACUCGACGUGCAGACCCCGCUGCCAUCCUCCACGCGGCCUGCCGUUGUGAGCUUCGUGCGCGUUGCGCUCACAUUUGCAAGGGAGCUUGCUCCAGGACGAGUUGCGCACAUCUCGAUCGUGGCACCGACAUCUACCAAGGUGUUGUGCCAGCGCCUUCGCGACCUCUCUGGCGGAGGUAACAGCGCCGAGGCUUUGCCGCUGGAUCCGAGCAUCGGCACCUAUGGCACGCACACGUGCCAACUCCAGAACUCGGUGACGAUGCACCUGCUGCUUUCACGACCGAUUCUGGCCGCGAGUUACCUGAUUGAGCUGGGCCUGGGCCUCAACAAACUUGCACCAAGAGCCAAGGGUCCGCGAAGAGUGCGCCAAGCAGACUGCAGUGUCCUCAACCCAGGCAUUCGGGCUGCAAAGGAUUUCUGGACGCUGGAGCUCAUCGAGGAGGUCAUGGAGUGGCGAACGGCACCUGCUGUCCUUCAAAUCCAGGUCCCUGGCUUCGGCGUGUCCAACCCCUUCGCCGGGGUCGACAUUGCAGCCAUCGCCAGCGACGCCGCAGUGAAGGCUGCUGCUGUGUCGCUGCUGGUCGCGUUGCAGCAUCUUCUCGUCCCGUGA